AUGUCUGGAAUGGGCUCCAGCUCCCCAGAGACCCUGAAUAAGAGGGACGCUUCUCCGAAGCCCGACAUGGAGGAGAAGUUGCGUUCGGCUUCCAGCGUAGACGAGCUGAUGAGCCUCAUCUACCCUUCGUACUGGGCUGCCCUGAAGUGUAGAUCCAAACUUUCUGCUGCUACUGUACCUACAGCUUCGAAACUCUCCCAGAGAUCGCAGCCUCAUCGACUGAGGACGCUUUCUGAUGCAGAGGAGCCAACGUAUGCUGCCGCCUACCUCAACUUGGAUGUUCUAAAAAGUAUAGAGUCGGAAUGGAGGAAGACUCAAUGUAUGCCAAGAGAAGUGUGUGUUGAUGUGGGCAGGGAGUUUGGGGUUCCCACCAACGUCUUCUAUAAGCCACCAUGUGUGUCCGUCUACAGAUGUGGAGGCUGCUGCCACUCCGAGGAUAAACAAUGCAAGAAUAUCUCCACUGGGUACCUCAGCAAAACUUUGUUUGAGAUCACGGUGCCGAUCACCCAAGGCACCAAACCCGUCACCAUCAGCGUGGCCAACCACACCCAGUGCAGCUGUCUCUCCAAGCUAGACAUCUACAAACAAGUUCAUAGCAUCAUUAGAAGAGCUCUGCCUGAGUGUCCAAUAGCUAACAGGACAUGUCCGCCCGGGCAGACCUGGAGUGUCAGGCAUUGUCGAUGUGUCAGUGCGGCUGCAGGUGUGCAACACAACCCCCUUCCUCCAUCACGGCCUCCUCCCAGGCUCUUCCAGCAACACCACGACAUAUUCUCGUCGGACGUGUGUGGCCCGGAUAAAGAGCUGGAUCUGGAAAGCUGCCAGUGCACGUGUCGCGGCCGGGGCCAAAAUCACGACUGCGGCCCCAACCGGCACCUGGACCGGAACACCUGCCAGUGCGUGUGCAGCGCGCUGCCCGCUCCGUCCUGCCCCCCGAACCACGUCUUCAACAAGGACACGUGUCGGUGCGCGUGCUCCAGGACCUGCCCGAGGCACCAGCCCCUCAAUAAGUCGAAAUGCUCCUGCGAAUGCAACGAAUCGCCAAAUAAUUGCUUAAGGCCUCCCUGUGAGGUCAGAAGGCGAAGAUGUGACCCGGGCUUCUUCUUCAGCGAAGAGGUGUGUCGCUGCGUUCCGUCCCACUGGAGACGACUGGACUAA